GAGGAAGAGGAGGAAGAUGAAGAUGAUGGAAGCAGAACAUGACCAGUAACGGAACCAGCAGCACCGGGACCUCCGGGACCUCUGGGACCUCCGGGACCAGCGGCCCGGUCCAUGUCCCGGUCCCGGUCCCGGUUGUCCCGGUCGUCCCGGUGAUGGAGCGAGCCCGCCCGGAGACGGUGACGGUGUCCGCGGUGUCUCUGCUGCUCUCUCUGCUCUCUCUGCUGCUGCUGGUCUCCUCCAUCUCCACCGACCACUGGUACGAGACCGACACCCGCCGACACAAGACCAACUGCGACCGACACGGAUCCGACUCCAACGACCAGAAGAACCGGGAGAUGCCCAUCUACCACCUGCCGCUGGUGGACACCGGCAGCGGGGCGGCGCGGCAGCGGGACGUGGCGCUCAUGAAGCCGGUUCAUGUGGGCAGCAGAGAGGAGGAGCUGCUGGAGAACUGGAGGGCCAUCCUGGGGAUGGGCAUCCUGGAGACGGAGUGCGGCAGGCCGCUGUUCUCCUCUCACUCGGGCCUCUGGAGGAAGUGCUACUUCAAGGGCCUGGACCCGGACAUCGACAAGCUCAUCGACCGGGGUAUCGCUGAUCGCUGCACCGCCGUCAAGUAUCACUUCUCUCAGCCAAUCAGACUGAGGAACAUCCCUCUGAACCUGACCAGGACCAUCCAGCAGGAUGAGUGGCACCUGCUGCACCUGCGCCGCAUCACGGCGGGCUUCCUCGGCAUGGCGGCGGCCGUCCUGCUGUGUGGCAGCAUCGUAGCGUCGGUUGGCUUCUUCUGGGAGGAGAGUCUGACCCAACACGUCUCUGGACUCCUCUUCCUCAUGGCAGGGAUCUUCUGCACCAUCUCUCUGUGUACAUAUGCGGCCAGCGUGACCUACGACCUCUCCAGAAACCCCCCCUUCAUAUACGGUCUGCCUGCCGACGUGGAUCACGGUUACGGCUGGUCCAUCUGCUGUGCCUGGGCCAGUCUGGGUCUCACCGUGGCCGCCGGCUGCCUCGGUACCACCUUCCCCUUCCUGAGCCGGGCCGGAGCUCUGCGCUCCAAAACCGCCCGCGAGUCGUCCGUCUGAGCCGCCGCCGUCUGUCCAUCAGAGGAGGAGGAACAGGACGGGUUAAUGACAGAAACUGAUGUUGAUCCGGUCUGUUGGACCGGGCUUCACCUGGGUCAUGAGACCCGGGUUCUGGAUAGACUGGAGGCGGGGCGUCGGACCUCCACGUGGAGCUGCACGAGUUCAACACCUGUUUCACACCUUUAAACCGAAGCAAAGUGUUUGUGUUUGAACCACAGCGCCGCCUGCUGGCUGUUUGUGAUGUGGACAUUAAUGUAACCCACACACACACACACACACACACACACACACACACAUCUUGUUGUCUCUGCUCACCUGUCCAGGUGCUCCAGUGCGCUGUGACAUCACUGGUGUGUUUGGUUACAGGUGACACUGACAGAAGCAGGGGGGACAGGAAACUGCAGGAGCUAAGAUGCUAACAGGCUAACAGUCAACAGUCAGUAACCAAUCAGCAUCCUUCUCUGUCACUGCAGCCAAUCAGCAUCCUUCUCUGUCACUGCAGCCAAUCAGCAUCCUUUCUCUCUGCUGUUUAUUGUCUCACCUGCAGCCAUAAAACCAGAACAUGAACCAACACAUGAACAUCAGCUCAGAGGUUCUUCAUCAGAACCGCUCAGUGGUUCUUCAUCAGAACCGCUCAGUGGUUCUUCAUCAGAACAGCUCAGUGGUUCUUCAUCAGAACAGCUCAGUGGUUCUUCAUCAGAACAGCUCAGUGGUUCUUCCUCAGAACAGCUCAGAGGUUCUUCAUCAGAACAGCUCAGAGGUUCUUCAUCAGAACCGCUCAGAGGUUCUUCAUCAGAACAGCUCAGAGGUUCUUCAUCAGAACCGCUCAGAGGUUCUUCAUCAGAACCGUCCUCCUACAAAGAGACAGACUAAAGUAAAACUACAUUAUUUCUAUUCUAUCUUCAUAUUGAAAGUCUCUGCUGAAACGUCUUGUUGAACAAUAAUAAGAAACGUAGAAGAAGGUCGGAACGUUGCAGCUCCCUCAAAGUGCAGUUUAUUUCUUCAUCUUCGUACGAAGACGUGCUGGUAAAUGUCCCUCUGAGGGAGCUGCUACAUACUGGUCCAGCACCGGCCUGCUACAUACUGGUCCAGCACCGGCCUGCUACAUACUGGUCCAGCACCGACCUGCUACAUACUGGUGUGUUGUCGUCCAGGUGGAAACAGCAGCGAUGAACAGGUUGAGAUAACAAACAGGAAAAAAAGAUGUGAAGAAUUAUCAUAAAUCAGGAGAAAUAGAGGAGAAAUGUGACCCCGGGAGGAAGCCGGGAGGAAACCGGGAGCGGGUUGGCAGGAGUGUGUUGAGACGUUGAUGAUGUUCUGUUGAAGAGUCCACUGAGCAGAUAUUCAGGUUCACACACACUCAGAUGUAUAUAGAAGCUGUUUUUUACCUGCUGAGAGAACAGACGAAUGAACCGGAGGAGCUGUUGUUUGUUUAACGGCCUGCGAGCUGAGCCACCGACUCCGACCCGGAGUUCAACCAUCGAGUUGAAUGAGGAACAUCACGUAUGUCUGGAGAACAUGUGGAACAUCCCAGAAUCCCUUUACUCAUCAAAAAACACUGGACCGUGUCCACCGGUCCACCGGUCCACCGGUCCACCGGUCCACCGGUCCGAGAUCAGAGCCGUCCUGUGGAUCGGAUCUCUUUCAAGACGUUUUCUCUGCGUCUCGCACCCAGGGCAUCCAGGUGUGAGCGGUGACCCGGGUGUGAGCGGUGACCCGGGUGUAUGAACUGAUGUAUUAUGUAACUGACUGACUGCUGCUGCUGCUUGGUGCUUUAUUAUUGAUUGAAUUUAGGAGUCCAGUCGUCUUCAGCUCAGUCUCAGAUACUGCAGCAGGCUGGAUGUCACGUAUACCCUCUGAUACCCUCUAAUGUAUUUCUGAUACACCCUUCUUAUACCCUCUAACAGUACAGGCUGGUGGGGGGGGGGGGGGGGUUAUGUCUCUCCAUCAGGAAUUUCUGAUCAGAUGUCAGCAUCUAUCUGAUACCCCCUGAGACCUUUCAUUGCCCCUGAUACCCUCCUAAACCCUAUCAAAUCCUCAGAUGCCUUCUAAAACCUCUUUCUGAUGCCCUCUUGUACCCCCUGAUGCUCCCUGAUACCCUAUACUUUCUCAAAUACCCCCUCUGAGUUUAUCUUCUGAUACCCCUCCUGUGCCCCAUCGUUACCUUCAUACACCCCUCCUGUAGCCUAUGAUACCCCAUCAUACCCCUACUAUAUACCCGAUACCCCAUCAUGCCCCUACCAUACCCUGAUCACCUCCCAUACCAUCUUAAACCCUCUAAUACCCUCUGAUAUCUGAUGAUACCUUCAUACACCCUUCCUGUAGCCUCUGAUACCCCUCAGUAACCCUCCUUAACCUCCGAUACCCCAUCAUACCUGCCUGUACCCUCUUAUACUUACUACCUUCUAAUACCCCCUAAAACCUCCCAAUACCCCAUCAUACCCGCGUGUACCCUCUAAUACUUCUAAUACCUCUUAAAACCUCCUGAUACCCCAUCAUACCUCUUCUAAAUCCAUUCUGAUACUUUUCUAAGACUCCCUGUUACCCCAUCAUGUGUCUCAUAUACGACUCCUGUACCCUAUGACACCCUCUGACACCCUCUUAAACCCCAUCAUACCCAUCCUGUGCCUCUUGAAACACCCUAAUAUCCUAUUUAAACCUCCUGAUACCCUCUGAUACCCCACUGUACUGCCUGAUACCCUGUUAAACUCUCUAAUACCCCAUCAUACUCUUCUUGUUUUAUCUGAAACCUUUCUUCUACCCUCCUGGUACCCUGCUGGACCCUCAAAGAGUCUCUUCACACCUCUGUUGGCAUCCUGAUGUUCAGCUGUAAAUAAACAAUAUAAACAUCCUCA